AAAUACCAAAAGAGAUAACUGUCUGCAGCAAGGUUACAGAAAGCCAUUUUUUUCAUAAAUAAAAAAAUCAACAGAAAUAAGUGAAUUGAAACUUCUUGGAGCAAAAGAGGUGAAUCACAUGAACUGGACGUACUUGAUUUAUGUUAGAGAGGGCUGUUAACAAGUAGAUCCAGAAAAGAAAACUUGGCAAAAGGAGAUUGUGAUGGUGUCUUCCCCAAGGUUUCUUCAUCAAAGUAUAACUGACCAGGUGAAGCAACAUCCUUUUUCUGUAAAGUUCAUUGCAUUAGACUUGGACUGAACUGAAGGGAUCAUCAUCUUCAUUGCCCGCAACAAAGAGACUCUUAUCAUUUCCUAGAAUAUGAUAUUAUAUUCUAUCCCACGUACCACAGCAUAAAGGGGAAAAAAUAGUUACUUGCUGCAACUUAUAAACAAUGAUUAGGGAAAUAUAGAAGAAAAGAUCUUGAAAAAUAACCCAUACCCAUCUUAGUUCAAAGUUUCAUCUUCAUCUUAAUCUUCUUCACCAUCCUUGACAUAUUCAUUAUAAUUAACUUCACUAUCAUAAUUAUUGUUAUCAGGGUUACUGUUCUCAUGAUCAUCAGCAUUGUCAUCAUCAUGAUUGACAUGGUGUUCCUUUACACUUUGCUUGGCAUAUUCUUCAAGGGAUGUCUCAGGGAACAACUCACUCACCCGACCAUUCUCUUUGUUGGUUGUGAUUUUUCCUGAACUUUAAGAUUUAUCUUUGUUCGGCUGUUUCAGUAAAAAUGUCAACAUACACCACUGAAAAGAAUAAUUAACUGCAAAAGGUACGCAGAAAGAAGAUUGAAGAGUAAGUAUACUGCUAAAGAAUUUUUUUUCCUGCUAUAGAGUAGGUAUCAUAUCGGCAUUUAUCAACAUUCAUUCUAUUAAUCUAAUUUAUAAUUCUGGUCAAUUAAGAUUCAAAAAUACUUUGGUACUACUGUUCUCUCUCCUGAUGAGGAACUUUACCAAAAAAUGUCAAUGGGCUGUUUGAUAUAGCAGUUUCAAACUAGCGAUUAGUGGUUUUGUCUAAUUUAAUGGUCGACAAUUGUUAUUAUUAGUAAUUCAAACACUUUUAUUUAUUAGAUUAGAUGAAACUGCUAACCUCUAGUUUCAAACUGCCAACCUCUAAUUUCAAACGACCAUACCAAACAACCACCCCCUAAUCAUUUAUAGUGGAAAUUGCAAUUUCAAAAUCAAAGAGGGGUUUUAGCAAUCUAAAACUUGUCAAUAUUCAUACAUGAUCUACAAUUGAGCAGAUAAGAUAUGUAGUGAAACCCACAUGUGCCUUAAAUGAUGGUAUUCAGUUUUGCUUUCAUGAGAAUGUUAAAGGUAAAAAUUUUACUCUACUAGACAGCACUAAAAUACAGUAAGGACAACUUUUGCGAAACUUUCAGGUUUACCGUUGUUAGUUAAUGAU